CUGUCCGCUGACCUCUCAGAAAUGACAUGUCUGCUUAAUGAUGAUGACGACGAUCUCCGCAAAGGUGGACCGGUCCCUCGUCAGCUUUUAAUUCCAUCCUGCACUAAAAAAAAAACUGUGCAGCAGUGCCACCAAGUGGAGAUAUCUUACGAUUGCAGUGUUAAGACCUUUUGCCUGAUGUGGGCACCGUCGUAUGUUUGGUUCCGUAACGGGUGAGCGUGCGUGGCAGCAGGACGAACACCGCGCUCGGCACGCCGCUCCUCUCUCGGCCCCGGCUCAUCUGCUGUGCUGGGCUGGUCACUCGGGGUGAGGGGGGGAUUAGGACUCGGCAAGCUUAUUAGGAGCGCACCACGUGACCGGCACGGUCCUAGGUGACCCUGUUUAACCAGGCAGAUUAGACAACCAAGGGUGCCCGGUACUCGGGGUUCGUAAACCGCAUUUCCGAGAAGGCGCUCGAAAAAAAGGGGGCGAUCUUGACAUUGCAUCGCCCACGGCGGCAUCUCUCAAAGGAUGCAGAUAUGGAGGUCAGUGAUGUGGUCCCUUGUGUCUCCUGGAGUCUACAGAGAGGUUCUAACAAUCCUGGUGCUGCUGGCAUGGAGAUCUGUGGCCUCUCUGCAGGUUCAAGCUCCAUUACUGCCUGAACAGCCUUUCUUGGUGUUUUGGGGAAUUUCCGAUUUCUUUUGCCAAGGCAGGCCUGAUCCCAGUUCAUUCAGUAUUGUUGCCAAUGGAACAGGACACCUGAAGGACGGUGGUGUGACUAUCUUCUAUGAAAACGAUUUGGGCCUCUAUCCCUACUUUGGCUCAAACAAUCAACCCGUGUGUGGAGGGCUGCCUCAGUUAACAAACCUGGAAAUGCACCUACUCAAAUCUGAAGGGGAUAUCAAAUCUAAAAUCCCAUCUCCAGAGUACCAUGGUCUGGCCAUCAUUAAUUGGGAUGAGUGGUGGCCAAACUUGAGUCACACCAAGAUCAAGAGACUAAUCUACCAAGAUCAGUCUUGGGCCAUACUUGAGCAAUUUUUUCCAGACUGGUCACUGGCAGAGCUGAAUCAUUGGGCUCAAGUGGACUUUGAUUCUGCUGCACAGUCCAUAAUGGUGGAAACUCUACUUCAAGCCCGGACUUUGAGACCAAAGGGGGUGUGGGGAUUUAGUUCCUACCCCACCUGUCACAACUCCAACUGGAAGUCAAUCAACAGCUCCGGAUGCUGCACUAAAGAAGAAGUGGCCCUCAAUGACCAUCUGUCAUGGAUGUGGGCAAAAAGCUGUGCACUCUAUCCAUCCCUCCAGGUAAAUGAAGAGCAGAGCAACAGUGAAGCCCACAGCAGAGUCACACAUCAAAUUCUGGAAGCCUUACGUGUGGCAAAUAUGGCUGAAGCCCAGACAGCCUUGCCUGUAUUUCCUCUGCUCAAUAUCCUUUACUCCUCCUCAUCAUCAUUCCUGUCACAGGCUGAUCUUGAGAACACCAUUGGAGAAAGUGCAGCCCUGGGGGCUUCAGGGGUGGUGCUGAGACAGAAGCUGUUUUCCACCCAAACGCAGAGACACUGUUGGGGCCUGUCUGGUUACCUCAGCAAGACCCUGGGCCCCUAUGUGGUCAAUGUGACGACAGCGGCUCGGCUGUGCAGCACCAUGGUGUGUAGAAGCAGAGGGCGCUGUGUGAGAAAGGACCCCAAGGAGUUAGUGUACCUGCACCUCCCACCUGAAGCAUUCCAGCUGAUGCCGGAAGAUGGUGAGGUGGGAGAUACUGUGGCACAGGGGAAGCUGCGCCCACAAGAUGUGCAAAACUGGAAAGACAAAUUUAAGUGCCAGUGGUUUGUGGGGUUGACGUCAGAGACAGGAUCUGAGGCAGAAGAGCAGGAGGAUGAGGAAGUGGAGAAGCCUUUUGAGGCCACUGAGAUCAACGUGACGCCAAACUCCAUGGAUGGCGCCCUCACCUGGGGCUUACCUGUGCAUUUCAUUCUGGCAUUGAUCUUGCUUUUGACCUGGCAGAUUCUAAUCUAGAGAUUCAACUUGCUUUCCACAUGGGCAUCCUUCUCUUUGGGCACAGAGCCAUCAGCCCAGCAGAUCAGAAAGUGCAUCCAAACCCAGAAUCAGAAUGUGUCCACAGAUGGACAACAGGUACACAUACCAAGUACAUACAUUUGUGAAUAUGCUUACAUAAACGUAUACAGGAUAUACAUAUAAACAGAGAUGUGCACACAUGUGCAAGCAUAUGCAUACAGAGUACACAUGCACACCACACACCACAAAAAAACAUAACUAGAAGCACACACGCAUAUAGAACAUAUCAGGCAUAAGCAAAGGUGUGUGUGAAUGCAGCUAUAAGUAUGAACAAAUAGAAAAUGCUUGAGCAUACAGUUGCACAUAAAGACUCAAGCAUGCGUAUACAAUAUAAGGCACAUUAUGUCAGCACAUAACAAACAUAGUUUUGUACAUGAGCUCAAACCUGAAUAUACAAAACACACAUGGAAAAUUGUGCAUGUACAAAUAGGUACUGCACAUAUAUAAACAUGCGUGCACAGCAACGCAUGAUAUCAAAUGUACCUAUUCAGGAGCACAUGUGCUAUGAACAUACACGUACACAGAAUACCUAUCUAUUAUCACAGAUGAUUUAAUGGAGAGAAAGACACAUGACAAGAAUAUGCAUGUGCAGUUGCACACAAUCUAAUACAACUGAGACACAGAGCACAUGUAAAGCAAGCAGAUGCGGUAUGUAAGCAUGUAUACACACAGGCAGCUACUCAUACGAUUGCAUGCAGUACAGACACAGACAUUCAAACACGCUCAC